AUAGGCUGCUCCACAGCGGCAGAGGUCGCUGCAGACCGUUCCUGUUGUCAUCCUAACUCCAUACGGAUGCAGCCAUUGUGCCUGAGACAAAAUUAAUGAAACUUGUCUACAACAAAAUGGUGCCUGUGUGGAUACGGAUACAGUCAUGCCGAGCCAGCCUCUGGAUGAGCUGCAGGUAACCCAGAAAGAUCCGCAGACAGGAAAGCAGAAAACUGUGCCUGCUCUGCAUCCAAGCAGAGUUACAUCCAGGCACUUUGUACAGUAUACCCCUCCCCCGGCCUCCUGUGCUCCUGCUCUCCUGGAGGAAUUUUUGGAGAGGAUACAUUUCAUCACUAGUGACCUACAUUGGUUGCUGGAACUACCCCAUGAUCGUUUUUGGUGCCAGGUGAUAUUUGAUGAGUCACUGCAAAAAUGCCUGGAUUCUUUUCUAAGUAAUGCCCCUCGGAGGUAUGACCAUCAAACCUCUCUCCCAUCUACUGUGCAGCGUGUGCAGGAUAAACUUCAUCACUAUGUUUUUCUCACCUUCCUACGGAUGUCUACACACAAAGAAUCCAAGGAUCAUUUCAUCACUCCCUCUGUAUUUGGAGAAAUUUUGUACAACAACUUUCUGUUGGAUAUCCCGAAACUAUUGGAUAUAUGUGUCCUCUUUGGGAAAGGAAACUCUGCUCUUUUGCAAAAAAUGAUUGGUAAUGUUUUCCAGCAACAACCUAGUUAUUACCAGGAUCUGGAUGACUGUGUACCAACAUUACUACAAGUGUUCAGUUCCAUUAUGAUUGUGUGCGGGCUUCAGCAGGAUGAAUGCGAGGAACCUCUGAAGCUGGGAGACCGGAAACCAACAACACCACUAGAUAUGCCAGAGCAGAAGCUGCAGGACGCAGUGUUUUAUCUCUGCGACACAUCUAGCACAAUUUGGGCCUUUCUUGAAAUUUUUCCAGAUGCUUCUCGCACACUACAGAAACAUAACUUCCUAAGCAGAGUGAGCUCUUUCUAUGAGCUGUUCUGCCCAGAGCUUGAGUCUGCAAUAAGAAAACGGAAGUUUGAGGAUACAAGCAUGCAACAUGAUCUCUGGAGAAGGCUGUCUCAUUCCAGAAAGAAGUUGUUAGAAAUCUCUCACAUUAUAAUUAGUAAUACAUGUCUGCAACCCAUCCUGGAGCACAGAGCAAACAAUAUACAACCGUUUGUGGAGGAAUUCCUGCAAAUAUUAACAAAUCUUCUUCCAGAGAGGAGGUUUCUUUGUGAUUAUGAUGAGCUGUUCCCUAUUGCUGAAGAUGUCAGCUUGCUACAACAAGUCUCCCCUUCACUUGAUGAGACUCGCACCACAUACCUAUUAGCUGGUGUUCAGAAUGCGUGGGCAGAGGCUCGGAGAUCCAGGCCACAUACGGUACCCCCAGCUCAGAUUAGUCCUGAGAGAAGCAUGGAAGGAGCAUGUGCAAGCAAUGGGCAAACGUCACAUUAUCGAGAAGAACCUGAAUGUGCAGGUGCUACCGCUGGCCCUUACCUAAGUGGUGUUGAGCUGGACUCCUUAGUGUCCCAGGUGCGAGAUUUGCUUCCUGAUCUGGGUGAGGGCUUUAUUAUGAGAUGUCUUGAAGAAUAUGGGAACAAUCCUGAAAUUGUCAUCAACCACUUGCUGGAGGACAACUUGACGCCAAGUCUACAGGAGCUAGAUCGGACCAUGCCAAGGCAGGAGCGGGUGGAUCCCUGUCCCCUUGUGUCCUCGCGGUCAAACAUCUUUGCUGAUGAUGAGUUUGAUGUCUUCACCCGAGACAUUGUGGACACUUCAAGGAUCUGGAAGGGGCGGAGGAAGCCGGAAACAUCGGCACAACUACUGGCAGAUAAAAGUGCAAUAUUAGCACAGAAGGCACGCUAUUCCCAGUACAGCAUGGUCUCUGAAGAACACACAGUAGAUGGGGAUUAUGAUGAUGAGUACGAUGAUACAUAUGAUGGGAACCAGAUUGGAGCAAAUGAUGCAGAUUCUGAUGAUGAGCUGAUCAGUCGCAGGCCUUUCACUACUCCUCAAGUGCUAAGGUUUCGGCAUCAAGAAGAUGAGAGAGAAGAUUCAAGUGAAGAGGAGGAGACUAAAGAGGAAACUGUUAAGCCUGAUCACUUUGUGCAGGACCCAGCAGUGCUGAGAGAACAAGCUGAGGCAAGAAGAGCACAUUAUUAUGCAAAGAGAGGUUUCCGACAUGAUAACAGUGCAGCAAUUGCUGGAACAAGUCGGGGACAGGGACAGAGUCGUGAUACAUUGCAGGAGCGCAGAAAGAAAGAAGCUAACAAGGGAGCAAGAGCGAAUCACAAUCGGAGGUCCAUGGCAGAUCGCAAGAGGAAUAAAGGGAUGAUACCGUCUUAAUAUCUCAUCAUUACAAGGGACUAUUGCUGUAAAAUAUUGCUUUGUGAGCAAUAAUAAACCAGUUGAGCUUUACUGAGCAACUUCUUUUAACAA